UCCCCAUAGCAACCUGUGCAUGGCCAACUCUGAGAUUUUAGGUGUACACUGGCUUGCUGCUGGGAACGUCUUUCAGUCUUAUUUCAGGAUAUGCCUUGAGCAGCACAGCAUCUCAUUCUGUGUACAGAGCGUGUUGGCAAUGUCUCUAAAGCUGGGAAAUUGGGAAAUGCUGGCUCAACAACAACGAAACAAAAAAGUCUCAUUCCACCUUCCUGCCACAGUGGCUGAGACACCCCACAGAGAGCCAUUAAUUCAAAUCUCUCCCAUGCCGGACAACUCCUUACUGGUAGUUGGUCAAGAUGGACUCAUCUCUGUUUGGACUUCUGAUCUUAAACUGAAGAAGAAUAGAUUCAUACUGGAUGAGAACAAGCAACAGAACAGAAAGAUGAAAUGGAUUGCUGACUUGACACUUAUGCCUCAAUAUAAUAAGCUGAUAGUUGGGACAUGUGACAGAGAACUCCGUUUUUAUGAACUUUCUAACUUUGAACCCUACUGCCAAAUAAUUGGUCUUGAAACUCUACCCUUGCACUUGGGAUACAGUACUAGAGAUACUGAUGAGGGUGUCCUAUAUUUUGGUGAUGAGCAAGGUUGCAUCAAUGUCAUCCUUAUUUCAAGUGUGGCAGAAACUAUAAGGAGCUGGACCAAGUGUCAGAUUAUUGAUGACAUCCCAAGUGUCUCCAUGGACAUUAUCGAGAGUGCGGGUCAUGUUAAAUUAAUUCGUUGGAAGGUUCACAAUGACUGGGUUACACAGAUCAGAUAUGUUAAUGCAAUAGACUCUAUUAUCUCAAGCUCCAAUGAUGAUUACACUGCCCUUGUAAUAGGAUGUGUUGAGGGUACUAAAAAUAUGCAGAAAAGACUGAAGGAUCUCAUGGAUUCCAGUAGCACAAGGAGUAAGCGUUCCAUGCUGUCUGGGAAUGUCCCUCCCAAAAGAAAUAUCAGCGACGAAUCUUUAUUCAAAGUGAAAAGAGGUGUAAAGGCUUUUGAUUUUUGCAAAGAGAACAACAUCCUUGUGACAGGAGGGCUAGAUAGGAUUGUUCGUAUCUGGAAUCCAUAUGUGCCUGGAUGGCCGACUGGUUUACUGCGUGGACACUCUUCACCUAUUACUUUUCUACAAAUUGCUGAUGAAAACUCAAAGAUCUACUCAGUAUCAACAGACUGCACUGUCAUGGUCUGGGACAUUGAAGAACAUACAUGUCUGAUCAAUGUCAUAUCCAAAGCAAGUCAGAUCAAAGGGGAAAUUGCCACAUGCUUCUUUUCCUCACAAUUCCGGGCGCUUUACAUUGCAACGGAUUCCUUUUCUAUGUUACAGCUUCAACAUAGUAUUACACACCCUGAUGUCCCAUCUGUUUCCCACAAGGAGCCAGUCACCUGCUGCCAGUAUAACCAGUACUUAGAACAAGUUGUCAGCUGUUCAGAGGGAUCGGUUAUAAAGAUAUGGGACCUUCUCACAGGAAAGCUUGUUUCCGAAGUCAGAGGAGCUCAUGGGAGCGCUGCUAUCACUUGCCUGGCCUUGGACAAUACUGGUAGCAGGAUGUUCUCAGUUGCCAAGGAUGGCAGUCUGAAGCAGUGGGACUUGAGCUCAACUUCUGUAAGCUGCUUAACGACCCUGAAGGAAGCUGUAGCAGACAGUUUAACAGAUGGACAGUAUGACUGCACCUAUGCAUGGCUUCAUAAUAAACGGUUUAUGAUAUCUGCUGGAUGUGGCAAACAAAUCACCAUUUUACCAGAUCAGCAAGAUUCAGCAGUACUGGAAAACCAAUAUCCCAAUCACACGUUGAUCAGCAACAUGAGGAACAAACAUAAAGGAGAAAUUCUCUGCGUUGCAUCAUGUCCCCCAAACCUUGUGGCUUCUUCCAGUUCGGAUGGUGAAAUCUUUAUCUGGGAUGUAACAUCUGGCAAUAUGAUGUGCAGUCUUGGCAUUCCCAAGCAGGAAGAACUGAGUAAUGAAACAGGAUCUUCAGAUUUAAUCAUCCAAAAACUGAUAUUUCUGAGUUCACGUGACUGGAAGAAUGAAUGCGCUGUUUUGGCAGCUAGUGGACCAAACGGACAAAUAACUUUUUGGCACAUAUUCGAUGGAGGCAAAGUCUUUGGAAGCUUCCCAAGUUCACAUUAUCAAACUGCUGUGAGAGACAUGGCAAUCAGUGAAGAUGAUUCCACUUUGUGUGCAGCGGACCAGCUGUUUUAUGUCUAUAUCUGGAAUAUAUCACAGUAUGCACUGCAUGGACCCGAAGCCCACCCACCACCUUUGAUUCACUGCUGGAGAGCGCACCAGUGUGACAUCACCAGAGUGGUUCCGGUGAGCAAAUACAAGCUGGUCGUCACUUCAUCUGUGGAUUGCACUGUGAGACUUUGGUCUAUGAAGGGGGAACCUAUUGGUACAUUUGGUCAGAGUGAACUCUGGGAAGCCAAGAAAAGAGAAUCAUGGAUAGGCCAACAAAGUGACGGUAGGGCGAAUACAGAUGAGCACCCUUCAGCGUCUGGGUGUGGAGCUCAGCAUAGUUCCAGCUCUGAGGAACAAAACAAUAAGAGUUACAGUCCUGAGUUCAUAGGCAUUUCCGUCCCAGUAGAUGAUAAGGACAUUGCUGAAGAACUGCACAGAAGUAGAUCCCACUCAGCCCAAAGGGGAAAAAUGUUUGGGCCAAAACAAGUGGAGCUGCAUCAGACAUGUGGGAAACUGAAUGCAUACCAAUCCCUGCAGAUCUGUGACUUGAUGUCUGUGACAACAAACGUCAGGAGGCCAAACCCAGCCGCUGAACUCAAUGACCUGUACGACCUUGCUUUUUAACUCACAUGUCCCAGGUUGAAAACUAAGCGCCAGUGAAAAGCAUAAAAUGCUCCAUCGCUGUGGCGCCUGGACUGUGACAUGGCUUAUACCCUGAAACUAGAGAGUGUGUAGCCUGCUCUGUGUAACUGCUGCUGAUCCCAACAACUCAUGGCUCAGAAAACUCAAACCAUGUAUAUAAUUCAUCUAUUUUUAAAUUUAAACAGUUGAUAAACAGCAUAUAAAUGUACGGUCUUUUCUAAGAUGAUAAUGUAGCCCCUGCACAGACUAAAAUGUCACAUCUCAUAACUGCCAAAAUUGUCUGCAAUGUAAUAAACCUGCUUAUACACAUCAA